UACGUCACUGGGGCCGCCUCGUCCGUUCCCGAUUGCGGUCCCCCGGGCAGCGAAGGCUGCAGAGCGGCGUUCCUCUUCGCCAGGCCGAUGAGCAAAGCGUGGCGGAGGGCGGAAGCCGGCGGCGGCGGCGGCGGCACCGGCAGGAUGGAGGGCGCCUCUGCCGCACGGGGUGAUGAGGAUGAGUCCAACAGCCAUGGGUCCCACAAGAAGAAGCACAAGAAGCACAAGAAGAAGCACAAGAAGAGACAUCACCGUGAGGAUGCCGGCCUGGCAGCGAUGGAGAUGGGCACUGCUCCCCCCAAGCCUCAGCUGAAGCUCAAAAUCAAGCUGGGGGGACAGAUCCUGGGCACCAAGAGCGUGCCAACCUUUACGGUCAUCCCUGAAAGGCCCCGCUCUCCAUCCCCGCUGAUGGUUGUGGAUGAUGAAGAUGAGCCCAUGGAAGGAGUGCCCAUUGAACAGUAUCGAGCUUGGCUGGAUGAGGAUAGCAACCUGGAGCCCUCCCCGCUGCCAGAGCUGGACACAGAGAUGGGCUUUCCGGCCCGUGAAGAAGAGGAGGAGCAGCGCUGGCUGGAUGCCCUGGAGCGUGGCGAGCUGGAUGACAACGGGGAGCUCAAGAAGGAGGUGGACGAGUCCCUCCUCACGGCCAGACAGAAGGCCCUCCUGCACAAGCAACAGAGCCAGCCACUGCUGGAGCUGCCCAUGGGCUACAAAACAAAAGAGCUGACAGAGGAGAUGCUGGUCAAGCGGGAGGAGCGGGCGCGCAAGCGGCGCCUCCAGGCCGCCAAGAAGGCUGAGGAGAACAAGAACCAGACGAUAGAGCGCCUGACCAAGACCAGCAAGGCCAAGGUGAAGACUCUGCGAGAGCGCAAAGCCAAAGGGGUGGCAGUGCCCACCGUCUCCUAUCGCAAUGCUUCCGACGGGAUCACGGUCUCCUUCCCCCCAGGAGCCCCUUUGCCCCUGCUGCCUUCCCUCCCACCCUCUAUGCCUCCCCCUACUCUCUGCGGGGUCACAGGCUGCCCCAACCUCAAGCGGUACUCCUGCUCCCGCACCGGAGUGCCCCUCUGCAGCCUCGCCUGCUACAAGAAGAACCUGUUGCUCCAGCAAGUGGCAGCCUAGCAUCCUCCACCUUCUCAGGCCAUGGGAUGGACAGGGACCUGCUGCUGCUGCUGCUGCAAAGACUCUAGGUGCCCACAUUUAGGUGCACCCCUUUAAUCCUGGAGAGAGGUGGAAAAGAAUGAGUGUGAUGGCCUUCUCCCAUGUGCAGAUGUGGUCUUGGCCAUUCUGCCAAGCUGUGUGAUGGCAACAAGGACAUAUGUCCAUCUCUAGAGACGUGAGGCAAGGCAUAUUCUGAGCCAUGGUCCCACAGCAUGGCUGAGCCCCAGAUGUAGCAAUGAGAGAGACAAAGGCACCUCUUGCACUGGGCCCAGUGGAAGCUGCACACUUUGUGCAUAGAAGCACAUGCACUUACCUUGCUGAGGCUACUCUUGAGCUGGCACGUGUUAAUGGGGAGGCAGUAGCCCUCAGGGCCCUUCUUGUGUGACACAGAUGCUGCCAUUGGCUUGGAAGUGAAGGACUGAUCUUCCCAUUCCUCCUUUGAACCCUUCUGCUUUACAUCUGCUAGCAGGACCCUGUUGGCUCCACUUGGCUGGACUCUGCAGAAGGACAUGGUUUCCCUUGGCUAUAAAGUGACAGUGAAGGCAUUCUGCAGAGCCUCAGGUGGUCUGAAUCUUGCCUCCUUCCAUUACUCUGAGGGAGAAUAGCUCAAGGACAGGUAUUCUCCCAGGAGAGCAACUUCCAGAAGCCCUUCCAGCAGGAUCUGCCACAGGGUUGCUGUCUCCUCACAGCAGCUCACCUUUAGGCCUCAUAACUAUUCGAUCUCUGUAAAAUGAGGCACCAGGACCAGGGCUGAAAAUCUGUGAGUGGGCAGCUGUGUGAUGCGAAGGGGAAGAGGAGAGAUUCGUGAGAUGGAGCUGGUUUGGUUUCAUCUGGGCUGAAGCAAACCGAGAAGCUUCCUGAGCUUCAACUGAGCUUCAAAGCUGGGCCUUGGUCAGGAAACAGGAGUCUGUUUGGCCUCUUGCCUCAGACUUGCAGGGUUCUGGUCACCACUUUGCGUUCGAAUUGCUCUUCUACCAAACAAGGGGAAUGGGGGUCUCUCGUUUUGGUCUUAUCUGGCGCCUGAGGUGCCUACCCUGGGAUUUUGAAGUGGCUUCUCCCAUUCUGUUCUGGGAUGCCAAGACCGGGAGGUAAAGGGGAAUGAUUUGGGAAACUCAGGCUGCUUUAAGACAGAAUAGCAGCUCCUGUCAGGUUAUAGAUAGUGGGCAGAGAAGUAACUGCAAGGAUAGCUCUACUGAUCUGGCCUGGCUCUCCUUACUUCUGUGCCAGGCAUUAAAACCCUUCCAGGCACUCUUGGUUGUUCCUAAUUUAACCUGGUUUAAAAAAACGCCUCUUGUUCUAAGUCAUGCCCCUUUUAUAAUAAAAUGGUAGCUAACCAA